AUGAGCGAAGAUAGGCUCUUCUUCGAACGUGCAGCAGAGGCCAUAAUGCAGACGAGUAUCAACAGAGACAAGGUGGACCCGACAAUCCGCGAGUUGCUAAACCGCAUCAAGUACACAAACCCAGACAAAAUAGGGACGGACGGGUUCACGAGGCAAAGCGACAGCGCGACUGGAUAUGCUGAUACUCGGGACUGUGGGGCGGGGCUGCCGACUCUGGUGGGCUCGGAGAAAAGUUCAGUGCUCAACUAUUUUGAUAAGCUGCUGACGGCGGGCCGUCCGCCAUCUGCCCCCGGCGUCGCGCGUCCGGAGCGUGCGCGGGAGGCAAGCCUCGCGUACCUCUCCGAGGACGAGCUGUUGACAAAGAAGCGCAAAACAUCCCCAGGCGCUGCGCUGGAGGUCUCUGGAGGCCCGGAGGAGACGGUCAACGAUGGCAAGCGUUUUCACUGCACCAAGUGCGAGCUUGUGUUUCGUCGCAGCGGCGAUCUGCGGAGGCACGAGAAGGUGCAUCUUCCGAUCUUACCGAACAUAUGCUCCCUCUGCGGGAAGGGAUUUGCCCGCAAGGACGCUCUCAAGCGACACUUCGGCACACUGACUUGCAAACGCAACCGGCAGAAACUGCUCAGCAUUGGUGGGGACAUCAACGAGAUUCUCGAGAAAGCGCGCCAGAACGGCGCGAAAGUGUAA